AUGGAUAAGAUCAAGGAGAGAAUGAACGCCCUCCGCCUCGAGGCUGAUGAGGCCCAGAACAAGGUGGAAGAGCUCAAGGCUAAAGUGAAGACCCUGGAGCAAGAGAAUUUGGCAAAGGAACAGGAGAUCACAUCCCUCAACCACCGGAACCAGCUUUUGGAGGGUGAGGUCGAGAAGCUCGAGGCUGCGCUUAAGGAGGCCAAGGAGUCUGCCAACCAGAGUGCUCAGCACGACACUCAGAACGAGGCCCUUCAGAGACGGGUGCAGUUGCUGGAAGAAGAGGCCGAGGAAGCUGACCGGAAUUUGCGGGAGACAAACGAGAAACUUCGCCAAACCGACGUUAAGGCUGGCCAUUACGAACGCAAGGUGCAGGCUCUGGAAGCCUCUCGUGAUCAGUGGGAGAGCAAGUAUGAGGAGAUGGCUAAGAAGUAUGCUGAGUUGCAGAAGGAUCUCCACGACCUGGAGGUCUCUAUCAGCAACGUGUAA